CUCUCUAGCUGAUGUCAGGAUGCUUUAGAGAGAUGCUGGCUGGAGCUGAACAGGAGCAGAGAGUCGGAAAGAAAACUAUUAGAAACAUAAAAAGCUUGAUUAAGACAGAUCAUUUUAUUUAGAAAUAGGGUUUCAAUCUUGGGAUAUGUGUGAGCCAUCGAAUCAGUUCACCAUGGGCCUACGGGACUUUAUAAAGGAUUAUUUUCUCAGUUUCUGGGACUAUGAGACACCAAAGGUGAUGGUGGUUAAAAACAAAACUCUUGGAAUUAUUUACAGAGGCGUCCAGUUUCUUGUGAUCACCUAUUUCAUCUGGUAUGUCUUCAUAAGUCAAAAAGCCUACCAAGAGAGUGAAAACCGUCCAGAGAGCUCAGUUUACACGCUCAUGAAAGGCUCAGCAGUUCAUGGAGAUGAUGUCUUGGACACUGUGGAGUAUGCUCAACCCUCAGAGGGUGGCGAUGUUAUCAGCGCAAUACUGAGGCGAGAAGUUACAUAUGAUCAGAAGCAAGGAACCUGUGCAGAGUAUUUCAAUGUUGCAAACGCCAACUGUACGACAGACUCUGACUGUGUCGAGGGAGAGGUGGACUUUGACGGCCAUGGCAAAAGGACUGGCAAUUGUGUUCAGUACUACAACCACACCUUUAAAACCUGUGAGAUACAAACCUGGUGUCCUGUUGAGGAUUAUGCUGUAGUGCGUGAACCACCGUUAGUGGAGGCCAUUAAUUUCACAGUAUUCAUCAGGAACUCCAUCCACUUUCCCAGAUUCAAAGUGCUGAGGGGAAACAUCAGAAAUGCCUCAAACAAACGCAAACUACACAAAUAUCUCAAGACGUGUCAUUAUGAUGAAGAGAAGGACGCCUACUGUCCGAUCUUCCGCCUGGGCUACAUCGCAAAGCAGGCGGGGGAGAAUUUCAGUGAGCUCUGCAGGACUGGAGGAGUGAUAGGAGUUUUUAUCAACUGGAAGUGUAACCUGGACUUGGAUCCUUCAAAUUGUAAACCAUCUUAUUCUUUCCGCCGUCUUGAUCUUCGAAAGGAUCAGGCCAGCUCUGGUUAUUAUUACAGGUUUGCCAAAUAUUACAGGAAAGACGGGGUAGAGUCUCGGACACUUAUCAAGGCCUAUGGCAUGCGCCUGGACGUCAUAGUUCAUGGAAACGCUGGUAAAUUCAGUCCCAUCCCCACCAUCAUCAGCACAGUGACUGCUAUGACUUCAGUUGGGAUUUGUACCAUUAUCUGUGACUGGAUCAUGCUUACAUUUAUUGACAAGAACGAGGUCUACAGUGACAGAAAGUUUGAUGAGAUUGUCAAGGAGCCCAAAGUGCCCAUUACCACAGAGCUCAGCUUCAUCAACAGCUACGGCUCAAACCAUUCAGACCUGUCAGAAGGUGUGCCUCUUUAACAUCGUCACAGUUGCCUCCAGUCGCAGCUGGCCAAGAGUUUGGACUCUCCUCAACCAGCUGACUGUGGACACAGCUCUCAGACGUUUAUCAGAUCAGUUAUGGACUGCCAGCGGCUGCUAUAAUGUGGUUAGAGGGGAUGAUCUAAACUGGAGAAGCACAGAGACAGAGGAUCGCCUGAAAUCAUAGCUGGUAUGCAGAUAAUUAAUUUGAUAUAUCACGUCAUACCUUGAUGGACUCCAACUCCACUACAAUGUAUCUGAUUGUUUUUCUUU